UAUGUAGCUAACAAAUAUUAACUGAACGACUGAUUACGCUAACGUUCCUGCGUAAAAUAUUUUUUUUUGAGAGACCAGUGCAGGACAUGAUCUGCACCUGACCAGCCUCGUGUCUUCACUGAAUGGACUGAUCAGCACGAGAUAAAGUUCGUCGCGCGCUGAAGAACUUCUGUUCACUGGCAUCGGAAGCACUGCGCUUUUAACGGAUAGCGAUCUUUAUUAAUUCCAAUUAAAGCUACAUAAUCAAGGCGAGACGGCGACCUCAGUCGAUUAUCUUUCCUUCCUUUGCUAUCCCAUGGAUAUUCACUGCAAAGCAGACCCCUUCUCGGCGAUGCACCGGCACGGCGGUGUGAACCAGCUAGGAGGGGUGUUUGUGAAUGGCAGACCCCUACCUGACGUGGUCAGGCAAAGAAUCGUGGAGCUCGCGCACCAAGGAGUCAGACCUUGUGACAUCUCAAGACAACUACGGGUCAGCCAUGGCUGUGUCAGCAAAAUUCUCGGAAGAUACUAUGAAACCGGCAGUAUUAAACCUGGAGUUAUUGGGGGUUCCAAACCAAAAGUGGCGACGCCCAAAGUUGUGGAUAAAAUCGCAGAAUACAAGCGGCAGAAUCCCACAAUGUUCGCCUGGGAGAUCAGAGACCGACUCCUGGCCGAGGGCGUUUGUGACAACGACACAGUACCAAGUGUUUCAUCUAUAAACAGGAUAAUUCGAACCAAAGUUCAGCAGCCUUUCCAUCCAUCCUCUGACGGUACAGGAACGCCUCUCACCACAGCGGGACACACUAUAGGUGAUCUUGAGAGCACUCCAUAUACGUUAACCUAUUCCUGUGCUCUUUCAGUGCCCAGCACAGCCUCCCCACCUGUGUCAAGCGCUUCCAAUGACCCUGUGGGGUCCUACUCUAUUAAUGGCAUCCUAGGAAUCCCUCGCUCCAAUGGCGAAAAGAGAAAACGCGAUGAUGUUCUCUGGAGUGGCAACCACUUGGAUGGGAGGAAAAUAGGAUAUUAUGGUUCAGAUGGCUCUGGCCCAAACAGUGAUUCUCAGGGUAGUGUGGAGAGUUUACGGAAGCACCUGAGGGCUGAUGCCUUCACUCAACAGCAGCUGGAGGCUCUGGAUCGGGUGUUUGAGCGGCCGUCAUACCCCGACGUCUUCCCUACGUCAGAACACAUCAAGCCAGAGCAGGCUAAUGAAUACUCGCUACCAGCACUGAACCCUGGACUGGACGAAGUCAAGCCCAGUCUGUCAACCAGCGUCAGCUCAGAUUUGGGCUCCAGCGUGUCACAGAGCUACCCGGUAGUGACAGGUCGAGACAUGGCGAGCACAACCCUACCAGGAUACCCACCUCACGUUCCCCCCACUGGGCAGGGCAGCUACCCCACCUCUACACUUGCUGGAAUGGUCCCUGGAAGCGACUUUUCAGGAAAUCCCUACUCUCACCCGCAGUACACAACUUACAAUGAAGCUUGGCGGUUCAGCAACCCCGCGUUAUUAAGUUCCCCUUAUUAUUAUAGUGCCGCAUCCCGGGGCUCCGCCCCUCCCACUGCUGCCUAUGACCGCCACUAGUUACCAUGGCAACCCAAUCAAACUGCAGGACCAUGGCCGCGGCCUCCAUAUCGUACCAGUAUGAAUGGCGUUAAGGUCAGAGGGAUUGAAGAUGGCUACGCGAUCUUCAGUUUCACGGGGCCAAGAUCGGAUUAGGAGGGUCAAGCAACAGCGGGUUUCCCCCCCCAGACAUCGACUAUACCCCCCUCACGCAACAUCAACACUAAGGCUCUCAUUCUCUAAAUCACUGAACAAUGACUGAACUAUUUCCUGAAAGACUUUGAAAGAUUCUACAAAAAUAUAUAUAUUAUACAAGAUAUAAAACAAGACGAACCGUGUGAAGAAAUACCAAGUAACAAUUGAUGUGUUGUUGUUUUUUUGUUUUUUGUUCUCUUUAAAUCAAU